AUGGCACAACAGUCCUUACCAUCAAUCCAAUCGUGCCACGUGGCAGUCAUCGGAGCUGGAGCUGCCGGGCUAGUGACGGCGAGAGAGCUUCGACGGGAAGGUCACUCGGUGGUUGUCUUCGAGAGGCAGAAUCAAGUCGGAGGAACUUGGAUCUACACCGAUCAUGUCGAGCCCGAUCUCCUAAGCGUUGACCCGACCCGACCCGUUGUUCACUCGAGCGUCUAUAGCUCUCUCCGAACCAAUCUUCCUCGAGAGUCUAUGGGAUUCAGAGAUUUUCCGUUCGUUUUCCGAUCCGGCGUCUCCAAAUCGAGAGAUCCGAGGAGGUUUCCGAGUCAUCGUGAAGUUUUGGCGUAUCUGCAAGAUUUCGCUAAGGAAUUUGGAAUCGAAGAGAUGAUACGGUUCGAGACGACGGUUCUACGUGUUACUCCGGUGGAGAAAAGCGACGGCGAAGGAGGAAUCGGGAAAUGGAGGAUUGAAUCGACAGAGAAAGAGAAGAAAGUUGGUUGUGAUGAGAUUUACGAUGCUGUUGUUGUUUGUAAUGGACAUUACACUGAACCUUGUCUCGCUGAAAUUCCUGGGAUAAGUUCUUGGCCAGGGAAAGAGAUGCAUAGCCAUAAUUAUCGUAUUCCCGAACCAUUCAAAGAUUUGGUUGUUGUGCUUAUUGGAAACGCUCCAAGUGGUAAUGAUAUAAGUAGGGACAUUGCUAGAGUUUCCAAAGAGGUUCAUGUGGCUUCUAGGUCUAAUGCAGCUGAUACGUUUAUCAAGCAGUCCGGUUACAGUAACCUGUGGACGCAUUCAAUGAUAGAGCGUGUCCAUAAGGAUGGUUCUGUGGUUUUUGAGAACGGGAAAACGAUUUUGGCCGAUGUUAUUAUGCAUUGCACAGGGUAUAAGUAUCACUUUCCGUUUCUUGAUACCAAUGGAAGUGUUACCGUAGAUGAUAAACGUGUUGGACCAUUGUACAAACACAUCUUCCCUCCAACAUUAGCACCAUGGCUCUCCUUCGUUGGGAUACCAUGGAAGGUUUUGCCGUUCCCUAUAUUUGAGUUGCAAAGCAAGUGGGUUGCAGGUGUUUUGUCGGGUCGAAUCACACUUCCUUCAGAAGAAGAUAUGAUGGUGGAAAUCGAAACCUUAUACGCAACACUUGAAGCCCAAGGGAUUCCUAAGCGAUAUACUCACUGUUUGGGUAUUAGCCAGCUUGAGUACAAGAAUUGGUUGGCUUCACAAUGCGGGUGCUCGGGAACAGAGGAAUGGAGGUUAGAGAUGUUUUUGACGACUAUCAUGAGGAAUAGAGAGCAUCCGGAGACGUAUAGAGACGAAUGGGAAGAUCAUCACUUGCUUGCUCAAGCUUAUCAAGAUUUCUCUUUGUACGUAUAA